AAGUUAAAUAGGUUCAUAUGUUUACAAUUUCAGGUUGUAAAGACGUAUUAGGCUGGAAUAUGAUGAUAGACUGAGUGAUUCCGGGACCUGUUACCUGCUACCGAGCUAUCAGUGGCUUGUAUGACAGGCAGGGUUCACCAGGAGAUCUGCAUUGUGCAUAUUUUAUUUAAAAUGUGCUUUAGAGAAGUUGCACGGAUUCCUCUUGGUUCUGUACAAAGAAUCGAACAGCUAUACGGCAAAUAUUUUAAACUAUAGAAACAGUAUUGAGAAAGCAACACCAUGUCCGUCUCUGAUCUGCCCUCUCUUCGCAAUCUGCCCAGCUGGAGCCGGGUAGGAACCUUGGACUGUUACCCCCCUGCCUUCCCUGGUGACUGUCUGCAGAAAGCAACACCAGCAGACAGAUCCAGCCUGAGAACAGCUCAGAUCAGAGCAGUCGUAGGUCCAGACAGAGCCAGGAUUGCAUCCCUGGAAAAAGAUCUAAUUUUCCUCCAACAGACCCACAAAAACACCCUGGAGAAGCUGCAUGAGGAGAUCGAACACCUGAAGCGUGCAAACAAAGAGCUGCAGUAUCAACUGAUCAUGAAACCACAGAAAUCCUCAAGAGAUGCUAGUGCUGGGGCCUUACAUGAAAACAAAUCUGAGGCUGGUGCCAUCAGCUCUAAAGAGAAGCUGGGAACAUCAGGUCAUAAUGUAGAACACAAUACAGGCAUUGUUACGUCUCUGCUUCCUCUGAGGAUCCACGAUGGACCAUCCAGACCUCCACGUGUUCCAACAAUGCCGGAGUGUGAGAGCAUCAUCCAACAGCUUUAUAAUGCCAAUACCAUACAGUCUCAGGAGCUGAUGCGGGUGAAGACAAUCCUCAAAGACAUAGUGUUCAAUAGGAAGAAAAUCUCACCUCAUAUGUUUUCUGAAGCGAAGGCGUUCCUCACUGACAACAAAAGUGGAGAUUCUGUCCAUUUUCCAAAACUAUCCCAUAAGCCAUUGCUGAAAAUACAACAGGCGACCCAGUCGAGUGGAAGAGAGAAGGUGAUUUUACCAGCUAUCAGACAGACCUUAAACAGCUUGACAGAGAGACAGAAACGAGCCCAGGAUGUGCACAGAAACCGCCUUAAAAGAAUCGUCUAAAACACUGUGACUUUAAAGAUUCUGCUGAAAUGGAAAAAUUAAACUCUUUUUAUGACCA